GCCCGAUACCUUCGACUCCAGUCGAAUGAUAUUAUCUCUAACUAGUCUGUGGAUAUAAAGUUCUAUUGAGUUUUAUCUUUGCCAUUUUAUUUUGAAAGGAAAACUGAAAAUUUUACUUCACAGUUGAAGAGCGAAAAAAAAUACCGGGCUAAACAUGUUAACAAAAAAUACAGUAUCUUGGUUUUUGACUGACGCGGGACGGAAAGUUUCGUUUGUACUCGUAACCGGCACGGGUCUUGCAUUAACUCUUGCCAAAUUUGCUCCACAUUCAGUGUUUUUGGAUAAAUAUAAAAAUUUCGCCCAGUAUUACAGUAAUGGUACACCAGUGGAUCUGUCUAAAGAAAUUUUGGAGCGGUAUCAAUCCUGUUUGGAUAAAUUAAAAUUGGCAGAAGUCCAUAGGAAGCUUAUUUCACCAUUUAGUGUGUAUGGCUAUGAUUUGUUCCAUGCAGGAAGUCUAAAUUCCCGAUUUGGUGCAGCUAUUGGUAUUCCAGUUAAUUUUACUUACAAAUCAAUUGAAGAUUUGGAAAAAGAUCAGAUCCAGGUCAAUCAGAAGGAAAUUAAGUGGGCAUCAGAAAUUGGGCAAAAGUUAGCAAAUGCAUUAAUAUUACCUGAGAAAGUGCAACAGUUUGCAAUAUGUCGAGAAAUAUUAAUGACCCAAAAUAAUAAAUUUAUGUAUGAAUCAGCAUAUCCGUUUGCAUGUUUGUUUGCUGUCUAUAAUAUGUCACAAUACCUAAAUAACAGACUCAAUCUAUAUAAGGCACCUGUUUUUACUAGAAUGACUCUAUAUUCAAUUAUAGGGUUGUUUGGAUUAGGAUCAUAUUUUUUAAUUAAAGAUAUGACAGAAGUCAAUUAUGAAACGGAAGUUGACAAGAAACUAUGUGAAUUAGGUCCAGAUUUUAUUGAAAGUGGGGUAAUAUUUUAUGACAAAUUGCUUCAGAGAAAUCAAGCAUUAAGAGAACUAAUGGGCAAGGAAGGUGAAAGGAAGUACAGUAAAAUGGGAAAUGAAAAUUUCUUUAUAAGACAACCUCGAAUAGCACUCGUACACAGAAAAAUGUAUUUUGAAGAGCAACUUGAAAAUAUUCAAAAAAAGACUGAACAAAGGUAUGAGUGAAAUAUAAAACAAAUUUAGUGCAAUUAAAUAAUUUUGAAGAAAACUAAAUAAAUAAAGUACUUC